UGCGGCUACUGGGAGCCGAGCCUCCGCCGCCAGCCGCCUCCCGGGCAGCAGCAGCAGCAGCAGCAGCAGCGGCGGCGGCAGCGGCAGCGGCAGCAGCUCCGGGCCCGGCAGCCGCGGCGGCGGCGUCCCCCCCUCCCGGCCCCCAGACCGGCCGCCCCGGCCUCGGCUCCCGCGGGGGACACCAUGUACUGGCUGGCGGCGCAGGGAGGCCGGCGCCCGGCGGGGAUGUUGGGUUAACGGCAUGGAGAACAGUCACCCCCCCCACCACCACCACCAGCAGCCCCCGCCGCAGCCCGGCCCUUCGGGCGAGAGGAGGAACCACCACUGGAGAAGUUACAAGUUGAUGAUUGACCCGGCUCUGAAAAAGGGGCAUCAUAAACUAUACCGCUACGAUGGGCAGCAUUUCAGUCUGGCGAUGUCCAGCAACCGCCCGGUGGAAAUUGUUGAAGAUCCCCGGGUCGUCGGGAUCUGGACCAAAAACAAGGAGCUGGAGCUGUCGGUGCCCAAAUUCAAAAUCGAUGAGUUCUACGUGGGCCCGGUGCCUCCGAAGCAGGUGACAUUUGCCAAGCUGAAUGAUAACAUCCGCGAAAACUUCCUGAGGGACAUGUGCAAGAAGUAUGGGGAGGUGGAGGAGGUGGAGAUUUUGUACAACCCUAAGACCAAGAAGCACCUGGGCAUUGCCAAGGUGGUCUUUGCCACGGUCAGGGGAGCGAAGGAGGCUGUUCAGCACUUGCAUAGCACUUCGGUGAUGGGCAACAUUAUCCACGUGGAGCUGGACACCAAAGGGGAAACCCGUAUGCGGUUCUAUGAACUGUUGGUCACAGGCCGAUACACCCCCCAGACCCUUCCAGUGGGUGAGCUGGAUGCCAUCUCUCCAAUUGUGAACGAGACUCUGCAGCUAUCAGAUGCCCUGAAACGCCUCAAGGAUGGUGGUCUGUCUGCAGGCUGCGGCUCUGGCUCCUCCUCUGUCACACCCAAUAGUGGUGGGACACCCUUCUCCCAGGACACUGCUUACUCCAGCUGCCGUCUGGACACACCCAACUCCUAUGGACAGGGCACCCCGCUCACACCACGCCUCGGCACCCCCUUCUCGCAGGACUCUAGCUAUUCCAGCCGCCAGCCCACACCCUCCUACCUCUUCAGCCAGGACCCCACAGCAACUUUCAAGACCCGACGGCAUGAAAGCAAGUUCACGGAUGCCUACAACCGUCGCCAUGAACAUCAUUAUGUCCACAAUUCUCCAGCAGUCACUGCAGUGGCUGGGGCCACGGCUGCCUUCCGGGGCUCCACAGACCUCCCCUUUGGGGCAGUCAGCAGCAGUGGGGGCAGCAGUGGCCCUCCCUUCAAGGCACAACCACAGGAUCCGGCCACAUUUGCCCACACUCCACCACCUGUGCAAGCUACCCCCACUCCUGGGUUCAAAUCGGCUUUCUCUCCGUAUCAGACCCCAGCGCCCCCCUUUGCCCUGCCUCCCGAGGAGCCCACUGCCACAGCCACCUUUGGGACCCGUGACAGUGGGGACUUCCGGAGGGCACCUGCGCCCCCACCCCUGCCACCUACUGAGCCUCUGGCCAAGGAGAAGCCAGGCACACCACCUGGCCCACCACCCCCUGACACCAACAGCAUGGAGCUGGGUGGCCGGCCGACCUUUGGCUGGAGUCCUGAACCCUGUGACAGCCCAGGCACACCCACACUGGAGUCACCUGCAGGGCCAGAGAAGCCCCAUGACAGCCUAGACUCUCGCAUUGAGAUGCUGCUGAAGGAACAGCGCACCAAGCUGCCCUUCCUGCGAGAGCAGGACUCGGACACUGAGCUGCAGAUGGAGGGCAGCCCCAUCUCCUCCUCCUCCUCCCAGCUUUCCCCACUGGCCCCCUUCGGCACCAACUCCCAGCUGGGUUUCAGAGGCCCCUCACCCCCAUCCUCGCGCCCCUCCAGCACUGGCCUGGAGGACAUCAGCCCUACACCACUGCCUGACUCCGAUGAGGAUGAUGAGCUUGACCUGGGCCUUGGGCCUCGGCCUCCACCUGAGCCAGGCCCUCCGGAUCCUACCGGUUUUCUGGGCCAGACAGCUGAAGUGGCCUUGGACCUAGCCGGAGACAGGACCCCAAUCUCAGAGAAGAUGGAUGAGGGCCAUCAGUCCUCGGGUGAGGACAUGGAGAUCUCUGAUGAUGAGAUGCCCUCAGCCCCCAUCACCAGCGCUGACUGCCCCAAGCCCAUGGUGGUGACCCCAGGCGCGGCAGCCCCUUCUGUGCUGGCCCCAACCCUGCCGCUGCCCCCACCACCUGGCUUCCCACCGCUACCCCCACCACCACCACCACCACCACCACCACAGCCUGGAUUCCCCAUGCCCCCACCACUGCCCCCACCACCACCCCCACCACCUCCAGCCCACCCCACUGUGACAGUGCCCCCACCACCCCUGCCAGGACCACCAGGUGUCCCGCCCCCACCCAUCCUACCACCGUUACCUCCCUUCCCACCAGGGCUAUUUCCCGUGAUGCAGGUAGACAUGAGCCACGUGCUGGGGGGCCAGUGGGGUGGCAUGCCCAUGUCCUUCCAGAUGCAAACACAGAUGCUGAGCCGUCUGAUGACAGGCCAGGGCGCUUGCCCUUACCCACCCUUCAUGGCUGCUGCUGCAGCUGCGGCCUCAGCAGGGCUUCAGUUUGUUAACCUGCCACCCUACCGGGGUCCCUUCUCCCUGAAUAAUACUGGUCCAGGCCGUGGGCAGCACUGGCCACCCCUGCCCAAGUUUGACCCAUCAGUACCACCACCAGGCUACGUGCCCCGUCAGGAGGACCCACACAAGGCCACAGUGGAUGGUGUCCUGCUGGUGGUACUCAAAGAGCUCAAGGCCAUCAUGAAACGUGACCUGAACCGCAAGAUGGUAGAAGUAGUGGCCUUCCGGGCCUUUGACGAGUGGUGGGACAAGAAGGAGCGGAUGGCCAAGGCUUCGCUGACUCCUGUGAAGUCAGGCGAGCACAAGGAUGAGGACAGGCCGAAGCCCAAGGACCGAAUUGCCUCGUGCCUGUUGGAAUCAUGGGGCAAGGGUGAGGGCCUGGGCUAUGAGGGCCUGGGCCUGGGCAUUGGGCUGCGUGGGGCCAUUCGCCUGCCCUCCUUCAAGGUCAAGAGGAAAGAACCACCUGACACAGCCUCGUCCGGUGACCAGAAGCGGCUGAGGCCUUCAACCUCCGUGGAUGAGGAAGAUGAAGAGUCAGAGCGGGACCGGGAUGUGGCUGAUGCCCCCUGCGAGCUGGCCAAACGGGACCCCAAAGGUGUGGGAGUGCGGCGGCGCCCAGCGCGGCCCCUGGAGCUGGACAGUGGUGGGGAGGAGGACGAAAAAGAAUCCUUGUCAGUAUCCUCGUCCUCAUCAGCGUCUUCCUCAUCGGGGUCCUCUACCACCUCACCCUCAUCCUCGGCCUCUGACAAGGAGGAGGAGCGGGAAAGCACAGAGGAGGAAGAGGAGGAGGAAGCUGAAGAGGAAGAGGAAGAAGAAGGUCCCCGGAGCCAAAUCUCCUCCUCCUCAACCUCAUCCACAUCAGAUAAGGAUGAAGAUGAUGAGUACAGUGAUAACCGGGAUGAGUCUGAGAAUGAUGAUGAAGACACAGCCCUGUCAGAGGCGAGUGAAAAGGAAGAUGGGGACUCAGAUGGAGAGACUGUGAGCAUUGCGACCUGCAAGGCUGAAGCUGCAUCCUCCAGCGAGAGUUCUGAGUCUUCCGAGUUUGAGUCAAGCUCUGAGUCCUCCUCUUCGUCCUCAGAGGAUGAAGAGGAGGUGGUGGAGAGGGAGGAAGAAGAGGAAGAGGAGGAAGAGGAGGAGGCUAUGGCGAUGGCUAAUGAGAAUGCAGCUCCUGCAGCCCCUGAGGACUUUGAGGAGGACAGGGAGGAAGCAUCUCUGGCCCCAGUGGUACCUCCCAGGAUGGACUUGCUGAGCAUGGACCAGGAGGUGGACAUUGAGUCUGAGGCCCCCAAGGAGCUGACCCCCACGCUGGAGGAGCACCCCUUGCCUGUGGAUGUUGAAGAGCCUGCAGGCUGCAAGGAGUCCCCUGAGGAGCUGGGCCUGAACCAGGAAGGGGCUGUGGUGCUGUCUCCAGAGCCCCCUGCCAGGGAGGUGGAGGCCCGGCCCCCAUCACCCCCUGAGCAAGCUCCAGAGGAUGACCUGGAACCAGAGCCUGAGCCCCCUACAAUGCUCUCUUUGCCGCCGCAGCCACCAUUGCCACCCCACCGGCCUCCCCGGCCACCUAGCCCACCACCAGAGCCUGAGAUCAUAGAGCCCCCUCACACAUCCGUCCCUCUAGAGCCUCCUGCUGAGGACCAGCCCCCACGUACUCCAGGCCUCUGUGGCAGCUUGGCCAAGUCCCAGAGCACAGAGACUGUGCCGGCCACGCCAGGUGGGGAGCCCCCACUAUCGGGGGGCAGCAGUGGCCUGUCACUGAGCUCCCCACAGGUGCCUGGCAGCCCCUUCUCCUACCCUGCCCAGUCCCCUGGCUUCAGCAGCGGGGGCCUCCCACGGACACCUGGCCGGGACUUCAGCUUCACACCCACCUUCCCUGAGUCCGGCGGGCCCCUGCUGCUACCUGUCUGUCCUCUCCAGGCUGGCCGGCGUGAUGAGCGCACGGGGCCCCUGGCCUCCCCAGUGAUCCUGGAAACGGGCCUGCCUCUCCCUCUCCCUCUGCCUCUGCCCCUGCCCCUGGCAUUACCUGUACCCGUCCUUCGGGCUCAGACUCGGGCCCCUACCCAGCUGCCACCCCUGCUGCCUGCUACCCUGGCCCCUUGCCCGCCCACCAUGAAGAGGAAGCCGGGCAGGCCCCGGCGUUCCCCGCCAUCUGUGCUCUCCUUGGACGGGCCCUUGGUCCGGCCACCAGCAGGAACUACCCUUGGAAGGGACCUCCUGCUCCUGCCAAGCCAGCCACAGGCCCCCGUCUUCCCCAGUACCCAUGAUCCACGGACGGUGACCUUGGACUUCCGGAACGCAGGAAUUCCAGCGCCCCCACCACCGCUACCCCCCCAGCCUCCUCCACCCCCACCUCCACCACCUGUGGAACCUGCCAAACUGCCCUUCAAGGAGCUAGACAACCAGUGGCCCUCUGAGGCCAUCCCACCAGGCCCCCGUGGGCGUGAGGAGAUCACGGAAGAGUACAUGGAGCUGGCCAAGGUGCGGGGGCCCUGGCGCCGGCCACCUAAAAAGCGCCAUGAGGAUUUGGUAGCAGCUUCAGCCUCCCCAGAGCUCUCGCCCCCCCAACCUUUCUUCCGACCCCGCUCAGAGUUCGAGGAAAUGACCAUCCUGUAUGACAUCUGGAAUGGUGGCAUUGAUGAGGAGGAUAUUCGCUUUCUGUGUGUCACCUAUGAGCGGCUACUGCAGCAGGACAAUGGCAUGGACUGGCUCAAUGACACACUCUGGGUCUAUCAUCCUUCUACCAGCCUCUCUUCAGCUAAGAAAAAGAAGCGGGAUGAUGGCAUCCGUGAGCAUGUGACGGGCUGUGCGCGCAGUGAAGGCUUCUAUACCAUUGACAAGAAGGACAAGCUUAGAUACCUCAACAGCAGCCGCGUCAGCACUGAUGAGCCCCCUGCAGACACCCAGGGCAUGAGCAUCCCGGCCCAGCCCCACGCCUCCACUCGGGCCGGCUCAGAGCGGCGUUCAGAGCAGCGCCGCUUGCUGUCCUCCUUCACUGGCAGCUGUGACAGCGACCUGCUCAAGUUCAACCAGCUCAAGUUCCGGAAGAAAAAGCUCAAAUUCUGCAAGAGCCACAUUCACGACUGGGGCCUGUUUGCCAUGGAGCCCAUUGCAGCUGAUGAGAUGGUCAUAGAAUAUGUAGGCCAGAACAUCCGCCAGGUGAUCGCGGACAUGCGGGAGAAACGUUAUGAGGACGAGGGCAUCGGUAGCAGCUACAUGUUCCGGGUAGACCAUGACACCAUCAUUGAUGCCACCAAGUGCGGCAACUUCGCUCGCUUCAUUAACCACAGCUGCAAUCCCAACUGCUAUGCCAAGGUGAUCACAGUGGAGUCACAGAAGAAGAUUGUCAUCUACUCGAAGCAGCACAUCAAUGUGAACGAGGAGAUCACCUAUGACUACAAGUUCCCCAUUGAAGACGUGAAGAUCCCCUGCCUCUGCGGCUCAGAGAACUGCCGGGGGACCCUCAACUAGACCCCAAUGCCAAAAUCAAUGGACAUCAGCUGCCGCCCGGGGCCCGGCCCCACCUCCCACCCCCAUUUCAGGUGCUGUCCUCUGCCCAGCGGCCAUGUCAGGGCCUGGCGCCCCCCAACACUACCCCCAGGACUCCCGCAGCUCCAGCUCCCAGUGGGAAAGGGCUUCUCUGUCAUUCAGCCCAUGUCUCUUUCAUUUUUUAAAAAAUGCUCCUUUCAGGAUUUUUGUUUAACUCCAACGUAAACUUCUCUCUUUCUGUCUCUCUCCACCUCUUCCUAUCUCUUUUUUUUAUCUUUCUCUGUCUUUUUCUCUUUCCUCAGCCUCUUCCCGUAAAUGCUGCUACAUUGUUUUGUCCUCUCUUUAUUUUCUUCCUCAUCAUAAAAAGACAUUUUAACCGUUGAAAUGUGAAGGCAAAGUCAGAAAGGGGACCCUGCUGGGGGCUGCAGAGGCCUCGGUGUGACUAUUCAUAUCUGCCCAUGUUCUUGGAACCUGCCCGGCUCAGGCACUGGGCCUGGUGGUGCAGGGAGGAGUGAAGGUGCUAGGCCACUGGCCUUGACCUUGGAACACUACAUACCGGAAGGCCCCCCUCUCUGUCUGUGGAUGCAGUGAGGAGACCCUACACCUCCCCCUACCUGCCUCACAGCCAGUCCCUUCCCCAGCAGCCUGGGGGCGCCAUUUAUCCGGGCAGACCCUGGUGGAGCCAAGCUGGGCCCAGGCAGGAAUUUCCAAUCUGGGCCAUCCCUGCCACCCCAUACCCCUCCACCCCCAAAACCUUGGGUUCAAUGUUUACUUUUUCAUUCGGAUGCCAGCAAUGAGGGAGCCUCCCAGAGGCCCCAGUGUGGGAAGGGGACGCUGGGAAAGGUCACCCCUCUCUCUUCUGCCCUUGCCUUUACCCUGGGCGCAAGGGAGGCUCCCAGGGUAGGCGGGUCCCCCAGUCCCACCAUUACGGGUUGUCUGACCAUCUGCAUGUGGCAUUUGUUUGUUUAUAAGCUUCACCCGCUCACCCCCAGCUCACAGCCCACCUCCUCCUGCCAGCAGCCCCUCACUGCAAGAAGACCAGAGCAUAUUUAUUUUCAGAGUGAGCAGGAUAUUUCUCCCAGAGAAAGGAAAAUCUUGGAAAAGAUUUUAAAAAUCAAAUUGAAGUCUUUGACAGUUUUUUUUUUUUUCCUUUUAACCCUUUUAGCAACUUCCCAUUAUCCUCUUCAGGUUUAUUUCCAUGGAUUUUCUUUCCUUGUGUGUGUGUAAAAUCAAAACAAAGGGGGAAAACAGGUUUUUGAAGUUCAGAACCAACUUCUGUAUAUAGGCUGCCAUAAAGGACUUUUUCUUGGGAACAUUGUUUCUUGUAGAAACACGUGGGAAGACUUUUUUGCUCAUUUCUUUGUACUUAAAAAAAAAAAAAAAAAAGACACAAAAGCGCAUCCCCCUGUACCCUAGGAAGCAGAGCAGGUGUGUAAAUAAUUUCUGGAAAGUGACUGUUGUGACCAGGAGUCCUCACCAAGAUGAGAGCGCUCCAGGCAGACGCAGGCGGCUGGAGCCUCUGGUAUCUCAGCUUGUGUCAAGCUUGUUAUCAUGUAAAUUCUGUACAAAGAAUUGUUAUUUUUCUCUUUUUUGUCGUUGGUGGUUUUGUUGUGUUUUGUUUGUUUUCUUUUUUUAAUUUCUUCACCCUAGGCCCUCUCUAUUAAAGACUGUGCCCACUGAUUUCAAGGUUGAGGAAAUCGGUGGCAUUAAGGCACAGAGGGGGUACCUGGGCACAGCAGCGACCUUCUCUUCUGUUUGCAGUUUUCUGCCUAAUUGUGCAACUGAGGAAAUAUUUAUUUUUCACAUGCAGAAACAUGUAGUCUGUAGGGAUGGCUGAUUUAAGUUACUCGUGCAGCCCCCAAGGGGCUGUCUUUAUCUGAUCCCCAUCCCCCCAUAAAAGUGGGGGGAUGUGAGGAAAGCAAGGGAGUGGCCCAGGCUUACACCUCCCCUGGCCUCACCUUGCCCACCCCCAGUGCCCAGUUCUGACCUUGGCCAGCCUUUACCAAGCGUGAGGGACUGGACCUGCCCAUUCCCUGGGACCCCCCUCCCCCCAAAUGGUUUGCAUUAAUCCAGAAAUGUGUUGGCUCAUUUUUCUUUCAACUCCUUCAUUUUCAUUGAACAGAUCUCUGCUUUUGAAGAGUCUGGGGUCUCUGCUACUUUUUUGUUCCUUUUCUCCCCCCUCCCCAAAGAAGAGAACCAAUAAAUUUUAGGGAUGUUUGUGCAUAUAGACUCUGUCAUCUGUAUGUAACUUGUUUUGAAGAGAAGUGUUUCUGUUGCGAGUGUGUCUUGCUGUAAAUAUUUGUUCAUAUUUUUGUGAAUUCAAUACUAUGUACCAUUGUAUUAUAGUAACUUUUAUAAAGCAAACCAUAAAUAUACUGACUUUUCUUACAGA